AUGUCGAAUAGUUCAAUUUAUCUUAAAGCUCUACCCUCGUGGUUCGUUCAACCAGCCGCAAAAUGGGCCUGGAUCUCCCUUUCUGCCUUUGCUACACUCCAAGGACACUUCAAUCGAACAAUCUUUGAUGCACCUUGGGCAGGCCAAGUGAGCGAUUCCUCGCUAGCCCAAACGAAUAGUUCCGCUCACUUCUCCAGGUUGCAAAACAUCAACACAACCGACUUCGUGGUCUAUGAUUCCAAAUUCUUCAGUAUCAUAGGCGCCGAAGCCACGAUUGAGCAUGUCCAGAAGCUCGCUUACCAAUCCCACGAGGCGCCCUGUUACAUCCAAAAUACCAGACAGCUGUUUUUUGUUGAAUGGGGACCACCCGGUGGCGUUGAUGGCAUUCACAAAUGGCAAUAUCUGCUGGAUGUGGAUACCAAUAGCCUCAAGAAGAUCGUAACUGACCCGCCAACCUUGAAUGCCCACGGCUGUGUGUCAUACCAGGAUCACCUUUACGUUGCGACCGAUGGAGCUGGAAGCAGUGAGAGCGGCAGUCUGGUGCAAAUUGAUCCUGUGUCUUUGAAGAAAAAGGUUCUUCUAAACAACUUCUUCGGGCAGCCGUUUGCUGGGUUUAAUGAUCUAGAGAUGGAUCGAGAAGGGAACUUCUACCUGACAGACUCUAAAUCAGGAUGGGGCCGUGAAAUCGUCAACUUCGCCCCUCCAACCAAUCCAUCGAUCUACUUCGUCAACAACACGACAAUGCAGUCGAAGAUUAUCUGGACAACAGACGGUAAUGCAAAUGGAGUAGCCAUCUCUCCAGAUGGAAAAACGCUGUACAUUCCGGAUACAGGCGUCUCCAAUUUCCGACCCUCGAACAAGAAUCCCUACGGCAAACGAAUGUUAUGGGCAUUCGACAUAUCCGGAUCAGGAGCAGUGCUCGCCAACAAGCGUAUGUUGGGAAAUCCAUUGUCGUAUUUCUAUGAUGGGAUCCGCGCAUCAAGGGAAGGUUGGUUAUUUGCAGGUUCCGGUGAUGGAGUGGAUGUGAUUGAUCCGGAGACUGGAUUUGUGCUGGGGAGUAUUCGGGUUGGAGGGGGAUCAAACGUGGCAGUGAGCCUGGCAUUUGGGGAGCAUGAGAUGUGGAUUGUUGGAUCUACUAAAAUUGACCCCGGUAACAUUCGGCCAUAA